CGUAUGCAACACCUUGCCGAGAUACCGAUAAUCCCAGCACCCGAGCAUAUUUCUUUCGUCGUUUGACAUUGCGACACACAAGUCGUACCUUGAGUGCUUCUUAUUUCAACUGCGACUUCCAUUUCGACUCCAUUCGGAACAAAACGACACGAAACAAAGUUUGUUGUUCGCCGAUCGGUUCUUCUAUCACAACGAACAAACGUCAAUCCGACCAAACCCGGCCCGCGGCACCAUCCAAAACACAUCAAAGAACGAACCCGACAAUACACGAGAUAUCCUACCGGAGACUUAUCUAACAAACCAUGGGUUGUAAUUCCAGCAAGGAGACCAAUGGAGCCGUCGACGAUCGGUACGACGAACACGGGAACCUUAGGCUCGCGAGCAGCGGAAGCAACAUUGGCUCCAAGCUCAGCCGGAGCCUGAGCAUGAAGCGCAGCUCGGAGGGCAUCGACGUCUCGAGGGUUUCCGUCCACGAGCUUCUCAAGGGAACAAAGCAGAUCCGCACGGACAGCCCUGCGCGCCUGUUUUUGCUGCUGGAAAAGGCCCUACACCAGGAGCGCAGGCCAACCACACCGGGGGGCGGAAUGGAUCUGGACGCCCUGGACGAUCUCACGGCGGAGCGCCAGACUCUCUACACCGCAGCCAUCGACCAACUCCAGGCGAGUAUGGGCAAGAGGAGCAACGGCCAGUCUUUGUCGCCCGCUCAGUAUUCCCACCCCGUCACCCAGCAGACGCCACUCCACCUGGCCUGCAGGCUGGUGGACAUCGACCAAAACCAGAUUUCCGCGAAGGAACUCUGCCGCGUCAUGGACGCCUUGCUGCGGUGUUAUCCCGAGGCGCUGGAGGCCAGGGAUCAAACGGGCCACGUUCCACUGCACUAUGCGAUCGCCCCCAACCAUUUUUCAUCCGAUCGGCGCGUCGACCGGGACGACGAGGACUGGAGGGCCCGGGGGAUUUUUGCCCAGCACCUCUUCCAUUCGAACCUGAGGGCGGCCCACACCUACUGGCAACAGAGCGAUGUGUUCUUUGACGAGGACUUGGAAAUUGGUGCCCAAUCCAUGGGUCGCUGCAGUCCCCUCUACCGCGUUUUGCAGACCCUUCCUGACGAUUUCGAUCGAUCGGGACCUACCGUCGAUUACAUCAAGGUCUUGCUGCAGGCAAGUUACUGGGAAGAGAACAGCAACAGCGGCGGUAGCGGCGAGAUCGCGGCUUCCAACAACAACAACAUGGCGGGGGUCGGGAAUUUCUCGGACGGAGACAAACCCCUUGGAUUGCUGUACCGACGCUUUACCCGCCAGUUUGAUAUUUCCGAGAUGUUCUUCCCCGGUGACAACUCGCGUCCGGAGGUGGUCCAGCACCGCGAAAAGUACAAAUAUGCCGCGGGGAACACCUGGAAGAUCAUCGAGGCGUUGCUGAAACCCCCCGCACAGCACGUCCAGGACACGCUGGCUCUGUCCCCCUCGAGCACCUCCUCGAAGCUCCAGCACCAAAUGUCGCAACUAUCGUCGGGAUCGCCCCAGGGCACAAACGACAAUUGGGGGAUUGUUCACAGGGCCGUUCAGAUGGAAACCCCACCGGAUUUGCUGCGUUAUAUUGUCGAAACGAAUGCCCAGGACCUGACUAAGGUGGAUGGGCUUGGAAAUCUUCCACUGCACUACGCCGCCAUGGUCAAGCCACCCAAACCGACAGCCACCAGUAGCAAGCAAGGUCAACGGCACGACACGACGCAUUUUCCUUCCUUUUAUAGCAAGUACGUUGUCGACGAGCUUCUCUAUAAGUUUCCCGAGGCGGCGAGCAUGACUAACGCCGACGGAAAAUUUCCCCUUACCCUCGCGGUUUCCUCCGGAAAGCAAUGGAUCGGAGGUGGCAUCAAGAGUCUGUACGACGCCUUUCCCAAGGCACUGGGACAGAUCGACUUGCAGCAAAAACAUCACACUACUCUACGCCGUGCUCUCAGCAUGGGUGGAGACAACGAGGCCCCUCCCGCGGGGGCCGACGGCGACGAAGAAGAUCCGAACGCCACUGCAGAGGACGAAUACAAGGAAGCGGCUCCCACCAGCGACGAGAGCCUGCUGCAGCUGGCCACCUCAAUGACAAGGGAAGAGAACAACGGCGACGGAAUCAUCAAGGACGAGCACCACGACGCCAUCAUGCUGGUGCAGCAAGCCGACGUGGAUUGUCGGGAGGUGGCGAUUGCAAUGUGGGCCCACGAAGAAGACGCGGGUGUGCAGAUGCUUGGGUGCUGCGCAAUCGCCCGGUUGCUCGGAGAAUCGACGAGUGAAACAACGACGCUUGGAACGGCACUGACGGCCACCGCUGCGGUCGUCAACGCUAUGAAGGCCCACCCGAACGAAAUGAUUGUGCAGGAAAAAGCCUGCGCUGCCCUGCAGCUGCUGGCGCCUUCCGACGGACAGCGGGAGGUGAGCAUGGUCGCUUCUGGAGCUGUGGCUUCAGUGGUAGCGGCAAUGCAGGCCCACGUGGGAGACUUCGGAGUCCAGAGGGAAGCCUGCUCGGCCAUUGCGGCCAUUGUCAAGAACGGUGGCGGGGACCGGGCCACGGUUGUGGCCAGCGUCAGCGGAGUCACAGCCAUUCUCAACGCGCUUGCCGCCCACCCCACCUCGGUCCGGGUUCAGGUGGAGGGGCUGCGGGCCCUCUGGCAGCUGACGGACUUUGGCGCCUCGGACGCCUCGAUGCCAGAGCUCCCCCGGGAACAGACCGAGCCCCUCCUGACACAGGCCGCGGAAGCCUUUCCGGAGGAGUGCGGGGAACUGGUCGCAAAACUGGCGGACCGCAUGAAGCAAGAGGAGGAAGAGGCAGACGACGGAGAAUUGGAAGCGAAAGAAUCGUAGUGAGAAAAAUACUGCCGCGUACCUUUUUCGUUUUGUACAUCGACGAUGGGCACGACGACUUUGGUGUUCUCGCAGAGGACUGAAAACGAGUCAAUUCGAAAUAUGCCAAUAGAAUGGAAUGCAAUGCAAUCCAAUCCAACUCAUCGAUUGUUACAAUAUAGAUAUACUUGUAUGUGUCUGAUUUAUUGCAUAGAAUAACAACUAAACCGCUUU